AUAAAAUCCAAAAUGGUGUUCGACAAACUUAGAGGAAUCGAACGAGAAAAUCUCCCUCUUUCGCGGCAGCAAACUUUUGACGAGCAGGAAUCUGUAGCGCAGCAAAAUAUUUUAUCAUCUAUUACUGGAAAGACACCAAAAGAGCAUCAAAUAGAAAGUACGCAGAGACUUAUUGGAUUUGCCAUUGGUACCGGAAGUAUUCUUGCUGCACAGUUUCUGACACAUCCAUUCACUGUCUUCAGGAGACAAUGUCAGGUAAAUCAUGGUGCCAGAAAGUACCACUUAGCACCGUUCACUGUGUUCCAGAUCUUGCUGCGCAUAAGACGAAGUCAGGGUUAUGGUGCUUUGUGGAAGGGUUGUGGUAGUACCUAUGUUGUAUGUGCUGUAAAUUUCUUUGGGGAAGCAGCAGUGAGCAGUCUAACUCAUCUACCUCAGUAAUGAACAGCCAUAUCAGCCAAGUUUAGGAGUUCAUGCUUCAGACUCAUAUACUGCUUUUUUAGUGUUCCAGUAUGCUUAUAACUGCUUCAUUUGCAAUUCUUACAGAGUGACCUUACCCGUGACCAAGACAACAUUCUAGACAGUUUAAAAGACUGGAUGUACCGCAUUGUAGGCUGGGAUAGGUCGUCAGGUCGUCACGGUCGCCUCCUUCCCAUGUGGACGUUAGUACUUCCCACAGUUCUUCACGGCCUGCUUACCUACGUGUUAGGUACAUUGAUUCAACACUUGGUAUUGUUUAAAUUGAAGGGCAGGGGCAUCCACAAGUCACCUGACACAGACCUUACAUCAUCAGACGAAGAACCUCCAGGCCCCACGGAUAUGACCCACACCUAUUACCCAGAACUUGUGGCCAAUUUUUUAGCGUUUUUUAUCCCCGAGUUUUUGUUGUAUCCAUUGGAGACGGUUCUUAAUCAAUUGUAUGUCCAGGGUACACGGACCAUCAUCGACGAUCUUGAUACUGGUACCGGCGUGGUGCCGCUAUGUACAAACUAUGAUGGUAUGUUGGACUGUUUUCGCUCCAUCUGGCGGGAUGAAGGCUUUGGAGGUUUCUACAAAGGCUUUGGUGCGUUACUGAUUCAGUUGUUUAUACACUGGCUCAUUCUAAAGCUGACUCAGUUUGUGUACAAAGAAAUGUCGCAGGAUGUUAAGGGCAAAUGACUUAGGACCGAUGCUAACUAAUGUACUUGUGUGUCUUAAGAAAUGAAAAUCUUGGUUAUGAUAUCUUAAUUUUGGGGUCAUUGUUUGUACAGUUGAUGUCACACAGGACUGUUGUGGAUUUGUGGAGAACAAUACGAGCUUUGCAAUGUUCCCCUUUCUCUCCUUGGUGUGAAUUUGGGAAGUCUGAUAACUAUUAUUACUCCAAAAGCUUUAAUUGUUGAACAUCUUACUGGAGUUAAACUGCUUUUUUUUCUAUCUUCUAAACUGGAUCUUGUUUAGUUACUUCCGACUGGUUUUGCUUAAGAUUCUCAGUGGAUAGAGAAGUUAGCCAAAAAUCGAGAAAGAAAUUUAUUGUAGUGUGCCUAGAAAUGAUUCUUCAACACAAUAAAAUAGCAUCUAUUUAAAAUAAGA